AUGACGAUCCCAGACGAAGUCGAUAUCAUAGUUGCCGGAGGUGGCUCUACCGGUUGCGUUAUUGCCGGAAGGCUUGCCAACCUCGACCCAAAGCUCACUGUCCUUCUCAUUGAAGGUGGUGAGAAUAAUCUCAACAACCCAUGGGUCUACCGCCCUGGUAUCUACCCCCGUAACAUGAAACUCGACUCGAGAACAGCCUCGUUCUACCACUCGAGAGCAAGUGAGCAUCUCAAUGGCCGCAAGGCAAUUGUUCCCUGUGCCCAUGUCUUGGGAGGGGGAUCUUCAAUCAAUUUCAUGAUGUAUACGAGAGCUUCUGCUAGUGAUUAUGACGAUUUCCAGGCGGAGGGAUGGACCACAAAGGAUUUGUUACCGGUGAUGAAGAAGUUUGAAACCUAUCAACGAUCCAGCAAUAACCGUGAUGUUCACGGUUUUGACGGUCCAAUCAAGGUUUCAUUCGGCAACUACACGUACCCAAUGACCCAAGAUUUCCUCCGGGCUGCUGAAUCGCAGGGUAUUCCAAUCACCGACGACCUCCAAGACCUUGAUACCGCCCACGGGGCAGAGCACUGGUUGAAAUGGAUCAAUCGUGAUACCGGCCGCCGCAGUGACUCGGCCCACGCUUAUAUCCACAGCACCAUGCGAAACCAGGGAAACCUCUUUCUCCAAUGCAACACAAAGAUCGACAAGGUCAUCUUUGAGGGAAAUAGGGCAGUCGGUGUUCAAACACUCCCGACAAAACCACUUUCGCCAAGUCAGGUGGGUGAAAAGAGAAUCUUUAGGGCAAGGAAGCAGAUUGUUAUCAGUUGUGGAACUAUGAGCACCCCAUUGGUUUUGCAGCGCAGUGGCAUUGGUAACCCGGAGAAGUUGAAGAGAGUUGGUGUUAAGCCAUUCAUCAAUCUUCCAGGAGUUGGAAUGAACUUCCAGGACCAUUACCUCACUUUUUCCGUAUACCGUGCCAAACCCGAUACAGAAACCUUCGAUGACUUCCUCCGUGGUGACCCCAAGGUCCAGAAGGAAAUUUUCGACCAGUGGAACCUGAACGGUACCGGUCCGCUUGCAACAAACGGAAUUGAUGCGGGAGUAAAGAUCCGACCCACGGAAAAGGAGCUUCAGGAGAUGGGUCCAGAGUUCAGACAGGGCUGGGACUCAUACUUCAAGAACAAACCUGACAAGCCAGUCAUGCACUAUUCUUUGAUUUCUGGAUUCUUCGGAGACCACAUGCUCCUCCCUCCCGGGAAGUUCUUCAGCAUGUUCCACUUCCUUGAGUAUCCAUUCAGCCGCGGAUCAACCCAUAUCGUCUCCCCCAACCCCUAUGAAGCGCCAGACUUCGAUGCUGGGUUCAUGAAUGACGCGCGUGAUAUGGCACCCAUGGUCUGGGCGUAUAAGAAGUCCCGAGAGACCGCACGAAGAAUGGACUGCUUUGCGGGUGAGGUCAUGUCUAUGCACCCACAUUUUGCCUACGAUUCACCAGCGAGGUGUUUUGAGAUGGAUCUCGAGACAACUAAGGCGUAUGCCGGGCCGAACCAUCUUUCGGCAGGUAUUCAGCACGGAAGUUGGGCUAGGCCGUUGGAGAAGGGCAAGCCAGCUCAAGCAAACUUUGUCACCUCCAAUCAGACAAGUGUUCGUGAGGAUAUUGUAUACAGUAAGGAGGAUGAUGAGGCAAUUGCAGACUGGGUUAGACAUCAUGUAGAGACUACCUGGCACAGUCUGGGUACAUGCUCUAUGGCACCUCGCGAAGGAAACUCAAUUGUCAAGCACGGUGUCGUCGACCCCCGCUUGAAUGUCUGGGGGACCAAGGGACUCAAGUGCGCCGAUCUUUCCAUCUGCCCUGAUAACGUUGGCUGCAAUACAUACUCUACCGCACUCACCAUCGGUGAGAAGGCAGCUAUCCUUGUUGCUGAGGACCUUGGAUACUCUGGUGAUGCGUUGAAGAUGCCAGUCCCCGUUUUGCACUUGGGAACAUAUGAGAAGACCGGGCUGGCACGCCUUUGA